AUGGAUGCGACGACACACAGCCCGAAAGUGUUUCAAUCGAGCUUCUCCAUACGCUCGCUGCUCUCAGCCAAGGGCGAGGAGUACUGCCAGCAGCAGCCCCUACCAACACCGUCCAGCCCCAGUCAUUCGUGCAACAGCUCCGAGGAUGCCGCCUCCUCCGAUGAGACGUCCAGCGGCAGCGGCAGCGGCAGCGGCAGCGGUGGCAGUGCUACCACCAGCCCCAGUGCAACGUGCGGAGCAGACAAGGGUCCGUCGCAUGAUGCCAGCAAGCCGGCGUUCACCUACAGUGCCCUCAUCGUGAUGGCCAUACGCAGCAGCCCGGAGAAGCGGCUGACCCUCAGCGGCAUCUGCAAGUGGAUAGCCGAUAAUUUUGCCUACUACCAGAACCACAAGAGCGUCUGGCAGAACUCCAUACGGCACAAUCUCAGCCUGAAUCCGUGCUUUGUGCGUGUGCCGCGUGCUCUGGAUGAUCCUGGACGUGGCCACUACUGGGCCCUGGAUCCCUAUGCCGAGGAUCUGACCAUUGGCGAGACGACGGGUCGCCUGCGUCGCAGCCAGCAGCAUCUGCUGGGACGCUCCAAGGCGGCACAUCCCUACCAGCAGCAGAUGCAGCUCUAUGCACAUUCCAUUGUCAUCAUCGUGGAGCAUCUUUGGCCACUGCCGCUGCCCCUGACUCUGCCGCUGACUCUGUCUAUGUGUGUCUCGAUGGUACCAGCUUUCGAUCGUAACUUAAUGCUAGCGGUCAAUAGCAUUACUGAGAGGCAGCAACAAAAAACGGGCAACACAGCAACAACAAAUGGCUUAUGA